GAACUACUCGGACUGUUCAUGUGGGAAGAAGGCACAAAACCCCGCCGCUCUCGUCGAUCGCCGGCCUCCACGCUUCUUUAGUCGAAUCGCUCUCGUCCCCCCCACUUCCUCCUCCUCUUCCACCACGUGCCCACUUCGAGUACUUCGCUGCCUCUUGAUCCCCUAAUCCCGCACCCCCAAUCACAUGAUCCCGCCUCUCCUCCUCUCCACAAUCCAGAAGGAAAUAGUCGACGAAAAAGGAAGGCGAUAGGAGCUGAUUCGAAGUGGUGGUACUGUUGAUCGCCUUCACCUCCCCCUUUUUCUUGAAGUGCUGGUUCCAUUUGUGUCGUCGGGCGUUCGUUUCUUUGCCGAGGAUAUCGAUUUUCGAGUCCGAGAAGAAGCUAGGAAAUUUAUAAGACGAAGACUUUCUUUGAGAUCUUGGAUGGGCAAUGGCGGAACCCCUUUCAGCAUCGAUGAAGGGGAAGGAGAACAGGGUCUUGCAGUGCGCCUUCGCCGUCACCGGGAUCAUGAGCACCCUUCUUGUUUAUGGUAUCCUACAGGAGAAGAUAAUGAGGGUUCCCUAUGGCAUAAACAAAGAAUACUUUAGAUACUCACUGUUUCUUGUCUUUUGCAACCGCAUUAUGACAUCUGCAGUAUCUGCAGGUGUUUUACUAGCAAGUAAAAAGUCCUUGGAUCCUGUAGCACCAAUCUACAAGUAUUGUGCAAUAUCUGUAUCUAACAUACUGACUACAACAUGCCAGUAUGAGGCACUCAAGUAUGUUAGUUUCCCUGUUCAGACCCUUGCAAAAUGUGCAAAAAUGAUACCUGUCAUGGUCUGGGGAACAUUUAUUAUGCAGAAGAAGUAUAAUGGGAAAGACUAUCUAUUUGCUCUGCUUGUGACAAUUGGUUGUGCUAUAUUUAUUCUAUCCCCAGCAUCAGCUGACAUUACCGCAUAUAAUACAGGAAGAGAAAGCACCAUUUGGGGAGUUUCACUUAUGCUUGGUUAUCUUGGGUUUGAUGGCUUCACCAGUACAUUUCAAGACAAACUUUUUAAGGGAUAUGACAUGGAAAUACAUAAUCAGAUAUUCUACACCACCAUAUGUUCAUGUCUCCUCAGUUUAAGUGGACUCAUUUUACAGGGUCAUCUGCUUUCAGCAGUGGAUUUCAUGUUCCGCCACCAAGAUUGCUUCUAUGAUGUGGCACUUCUUUCCACUGUAGCAACAGCUAGCCAGUUCUUUAUUUCUUACACAAUCCGUACAUUCGGAGCUCUUACAUUUGCUACCAUAAUGACCACAAGACAAUUGGUUAGCAUAUUGCUAUCAUGCAUUUGGUUCGCUCAUCCCCUUAGUUGGAAACAGUGGAUUGGAGCCGCAAUUGUUUUCGGCUCACUUUACACAAAGAGCUUCUUGAGAAGCAAACCACAGAAGCCACAGCCCCAUGCUCCUGGUCCAAAUGCAAGUUCAGGGAAUGACAAUUCUUGACACGCAAUGGUGUGGCUUCUACUGCGGUGAGGAAAGCCUUUGGGUUUUACUUCAUUCAAGUGAUCCUUUUUCAUCAGCUGGUGGAUGGUGUGUUUUGAAAUCGUCAGAUAUAAUGAAUUCCUAGCCAAUACAAACUCUUACUCUUCUUUUAUGAUUUUUCCCCCUUUUUUUGGGAUCAAUGCAAAGGAAAAUAGGAAAGAAAAGGGUAACAAGAAGAUAGGAACAUGUUGGCACACGUACACUUCCAUGCCCACAUCAUAUGUCAUGUUAAAAAUGUAAACUGGUUCCUCCAUGCUUUUAUUGUAUGCUGCUGAGCUUUCUGAUGGCGCUUUGAUUCUAAUGAAGUAUAACAACACGUUAUGGAGAUC